AUGCCACUACCAUUAACUAACAUUCCCAUGAAGGUCGGCCUUCCAGCUGCAGCGGCUGCAGCUGCCUACCUGAACGCUCGAUGGUCGCUCUUCUACGAUAUCGGUAUGAUCAAGUCCCUGGUGAAGGUGUCCCUCCGAUCACGAUUUGCCGAGCGUGACGAUCGCCUGAACCUCUUCUACACCCUCGAGAGCUUCGCGCUGUCUCCCGCGACUGCCGAUCAGGAAUUCAUUGUAUACAACGGUCGCUCAUGGACCUUCCACCAAACCUACAUUAUGGCCCUCCGAUACGGAGCGUGGUUCAAGAACGUCCACGGUGUUCGAAGGAAAGAGAUUGUGGCUAUCGACUUCAUGAACUCGGCAACCUUCCUCUUCUUUAUGCUCGGCCUGUGGAGCAUUGGUGCUGUGCCUGCUUUCAUCAAUUAUAAUUUGUCGGGCAAGCCUCUCACCCACUCCGUGCGCACAUCCACUGCAAAGCUACUUAUAGUAGACGAGGAAGUCCGUGACUGCUUCACACCCGAGCAACUGGAGACUUUUGCUUCUCCAACUUUCCGUGAUGGAAAGGGCUCUAUCAAUGUACUGUUUUUUACUCCAGAUGUGGAGGCCCAGAUUUUGGAGAUGGACCCCGUGAGGGAGGACGAUAAUAUCCGCGGUGGUCUUCUUCCACGAGACAUGGCUCUACUGAUCUACACCAGUGGGACGACCGGUCUUCCUAAGCCCGCUAUCAUGAGCUGGAAGAAGUGUUGGACCGGCAGCGUAUUCAUUGGAGAUUGGUUGAAAGUCGGUAAUUCAGACCGGUUUUUCACGUGCAUGCCUCUUUACCACUCGUCUGCGUCUGUUCUCGGCUUCGUGACAUGUCUGAUGAAUGGAGCAACCCUGAUCCUCGGCCGUAAAUUCUCCGCUCGGAGCUUCAUGAAGGAAGCCCGUGAUAAUGACGCGACCAUCAUCCAAUAUGUGGGUGAAACCCUUCGAUACAUCCUUGGUGUGUCGCCUGAGAUCGACCCGGAAAGCGGGGAAGACCUGGAUAAGAAGCACAAAAUUCGACUUGCAUUUGGUAAUGGCCUCCGUCCAGAUGUGUGGAAUCGUUUCAAGGACCGUUUCGACAUCCCCACCAUUGCCGAGUUCUACGCUGCCACCGAGGGAACCUCCGGCGCUUGGAACAAAUCGUCCAAUGGUUUCUCUGCCGGUGCCAUUGGCCGCAACGGCAUUAUCGGAAAUUACCUCUUUAGUCGCGGCUCUGCGAUUGUGGACGUCGAUCAUGAGACUCAGGAGCCAUGGCGAGAUCCGAAGACCGGCCUCUGCAAGAAGGUUCCUCGAGGUGACCCCGGCGAGCUGCUGUUCGCCAUCGAUCCCUCAGAUCCCAGUGCCAACUUCCAGGGCUAUUUCCAGAAUGAUAAGGCCACCCAGAGUAAGAUCGUGCGGGAUGUGCUGAAGAAGGGUGACGCCUACUUCCGCACGGGUGACAUGGUCCGUUGGGAUACGGAUGGUCGCUGGUUCUUCUCGGAUCGACUUGGUGACACCUUCCGCUGGAAGAGCGAGAAUGUGUCUACCAAUGAGGUUUCCGAGGUAUUGGGUGCCCACCCCGAUGUGCACGAGGCAAACGUCUACGGCGUGGCCCUUCCCAACCAUGAUGGCCGCGCUGGGUGUGCUGCUAUAGUGUUCAACCAACAGAUCGCCAGUGGUAAUUCCUCCGGUCCCGCACUGGAGCCCUCGCAGGCGACGCUCGAUAGCCUGGCCGCGCAUACCUUGAAGAACCUGCCGCGCUUUGCUGCGCCGCUCUUCCUGCGUGUCAUGCCACAGAUGCAGUCUACUGGAAACAACAAGCAACAGAAGCAUGUGCUUCGUACCGAAGGCGUGGAUAUCGCACAGAUCUCGAAGGAUGACCGGCUAUACUGGCUUCAGGGCAACACCUACGUGCCAUUUGGACAGAAGGACUGGGGCCGGCUGCAUGGUGGUCAAGUUCGGCUUUGA